GCGCGUCACGGCGGGGCCGGUGGCGGCGAUGGGUGCGCUCCGCUCCGCGCCAGCCAUGGCCGCCCGCAGCCCCCGGGCCCUGCUCGCCCUCGGCCUGGCCCUGGCCGCCGCCGCCGCCGCCGCCGCCCCCGACCCGUUCUCGCCCCAGCUGGGAGACACCGCCGGGUGCCGCGGGCAGUGCGGCCGCAGCCUCCCGCGCCGGGCCGCCGCCGAUGCUGUUCUCAACGCCUGUUACCGGGGCUGCCGGCUGUUCUCCAUCUGUCACUUUGUGGAUGCGAGCGCCGAGCUGAACACUACCAGGGCCGAGUGUGAGGCAGCCUGCACUGAGGCCUACAGCAGCGCAGAGGAGCAGUUUGGCUGCGUGACCGGGUGCCGCAAGCAGCUGCCCGAGGUGGAGAGCAGGAAGGAGAAGAGCCUGGAGCUGAAGGUGCCGGUGUUCUCCAUGUUCGAUUUGGUCUCCACCUUUUGCAACGACAUCGUCAGCUCUGCCCAGAGCUUCAUCUCCUCCACUUGGACCUUCUACCUGCAGGCAGACAACGGCAAAGUCGUGGUGUUCCAGUCCCAGCCUGAGAUGGAGUAUCCAGUCCUUGCGGUGCCGGAGACCCAGCCAGCGCAGCCAGGACCGGGACCUGGUCCCCAUGUCCCCCAGCCCCACACAGGCCCCCGGGUGAAGGGGGAGAAGCCCCCGGGGAAGGAGCCAAGGGGCAAAGCCAAGGGGCAGCACCCGGAGCCGCCGCCGCCGGAGCACGACUUCCUGGGCUGCAUGUCCAAGCGCUCGGGCCUUCCUCGCUGGAUCCUGGCUGCCUGCCUCUUCCUCUCCAUCAUGGUGAUGCUGUGGUUGAGCUGUGCCAGUCUGGUGACUGCCCCCGAGCAGCACGUCAAGACACAGCCUCUGAGCAUCAAUGGGGACAAGGAGUACCUGGAGGACCUGGAUGGCCCCAGCGCCUUCCCCCUGCCGCCCGUCAUCGCUGUCACCCUCUGCCCCGAACACGGUGGCGAGGACGCGGGGCCGCUGCCCCUCAAAGUCGACCUGGACAAGACCAUCCUGUAGCGCUCCCACCCCUUCCCGUCCCCUCUGUCACCAUCCCCAUGGCAUCAUCCCAGGUCCUGCUCCGCUGCCCCAUGUCCCAGCUCCUGGAGGAGCAUCUCUGGCUCUGGCACGGGGAGAGCCUGGCUCGGUCCCACUCUCAUCCCCAGGGAUGGCCACUGGGAGCCAGGCGGUGGCUUUGCCUGCUCCGGAGAUGUGCUGUUUGCUGGGAUCCUGGUUUCCAGCACUCGGGAGCCAAGAGCGGAGCUGCCAGAGCGGGGAGGCCGGGGGAGCCCGCUGUCAUGGUGGGGAGGUCCCACCCCUCCCGACCGGAGCCCCCCGGGCCCCGCAGCCCUCCGGGCACGGGUCCAGCGCUGGGCAGGAGGGAGCCGGCUGCGGUGGGGGAUGGAGAGCGUCUGCAGCGCUCUGGGCUUUGGCUCCGCACAUCCCCGGCCUCCCACCUUGGGCUGAGCCUCCAAGGCGCCGUCUCUGAGCCCUGGGAACUCCCUUCCGCCGGCCGGAGCCGACUGCCUCGGGGAGCCGAAACGUGGCGAAUGGAUUUGGCGUUGGCAGCCGGCGAGGGGAGCGGAUCCCGCUGCACCCGUGCCCACGCGAGGACCCAGCCGGCCCCUUCCCGGCGCUGCGGAGGGGCCCUGCGAUGGCUCCUUCCCCUCCCGGCCCCGUGAUGUCUUUGGGGCGCCUGGUCCCAGGGCCCAAGGGUUGAUGGUGGGACCAAGCAGGGGACCAGGCGGCGUUUCCCUGCCUCGUGCUGCUCGGGCAGGAGGUGGGAGCUGCUGGGAUGCCUCUGCCUGGGCUCCCCAUCCCUGCUUGGUGCGGAGCUGUAGCUGACGGCAGGACCUAGCAGCAGCCGGCCUCCAGGAACCGGGGCUCACUGCCCUGGAAGCAAGGGCCCAUCCCUAGGGUCUCCCAGCCAAGUGUGAGCCAGGGCAUCUCCCCAUCUCCCCACCAUUCUCCAUCACUUGACUUUGUGCAUCAUUUCAUGGCUUGAUCUGCGCCGGCAUGUGGUUCACUGGCCCCUGGCGCUCUGUGCCCGGCGGUGGCAGUCCCUGACAUCCCCGUAUCACCUAACACAUCUGUACAGAUUAACUUAUUGUGACCCCCUCCCUGAGUUUUUAGGCUCUUUCCAUGUGCUGGCUGCUCCCCACGGUCUCGGGGGACUGUGGUGUAGUGGGGCAGGGGACUCUUGUCCCCAUCCCACCACUGUUGUGCUGCUCCGUGUCACUUAUACGCAUGUGACAUAUCCGGCUUUGGGGAGUGGGGCUGGGGGGUGAAGGGGGUCUCGUGUCUGUUUUGGGGUACACUUCUCGUUGUCACUUGGCUCAGUGUAAAGCUCAUGGAGUCUGUGGUGUUGUCCGGGCCACGGCGGCUCUCCCCAUCCCUGGGGUGCAACCACAUGGGGCCGUGGGCUUCCCAAGGGCAAACCCAGCCCCAGGCUGGGCAGCGUGGGCAGAGGGGGAAUAAAAGGUUUGUACCAGA